UCCCCGCGCGCCCGGCUUCCCGAAGCAACGCCCUGGCGACGGGACUGGGAACUCUCGGCGUGGGAGUUACCUUUCCGUUCGGCUUCCCCAGAAAGACCCCAAAGACCCGAAACCUGGGCGGGGGUGGGGUGGGCGGAGGGAAAUUCCUACCCGGCCCUCGGCACCCCCCUCCGCCCCCAGUUUUUGUCCCCGGUUCGCUGCCUUUCUCGCUCCGAUGCAGCCGAGCCUCACUACCACUUCUAGGUGGCCGUCCGGCGGAGGCGGUGGCGAGCUCCGGGGCUCUGGACAGGGAAAUGGGGCAGGUAGUGACACGCCGCCUCGGAGCUGGAGCCCGCGCAGAGCCCCGCAGGGCGAUGGACAGCAGAGCCCCCCGCGCGCAGGACGCCCUGGCGGCGCUCCCGCCGCCCGCCGCCCCAGCAGGGAGAAAACCAAAAGCCAAGGCACCACUUCCUCCAGCUGAGACCAAAUACCUUGAUGCCUCUUCAGUUGAUGAUACUGUAGACUCCUCUGCUUGCAUCAUGGAACAGAAAGAAAACAUGAUAGAUAAAGACAUUGAACUCUCAGUGGUGCUACCUGGAGAUAUUAUCAAAUCCACUACUGUUCAUGGCAGUAAACCUAUGAUGGACUUGUUGAUAUUCCUCUGUGCACAGUAUCACUUAAACCCAUCAAGUUACACAAUUGAUCUGCAGUCAGCUGAAAAUAACCCCAUUAAAUUUAAGCCAAACACACCAAUAGGAAUGUUGGAGGUGGAGAAAGUCAUUUUAAAGCCAAAAGUUUUGGAUAAGAAAAAACCUACACCUAUAAUACCAGAGAAAACUGUGAGAGUCGUGAUCAAUUUUAAGAAAACGCAGAAGACAAUAGUGAGAGUUAGCCCACAUGCACCACUUCAAGAACUUGCCCCCAUUAUAUGCAGCAAAUGUGAGUUUGAUCCACUGCAUACACUGUUGUUGAAGGAUUAUCAAUCUCAGGAGCCCCUUGAUUUGACAAAAUCUCUUAAUGACCUGGGACUAAGAGAAUUAUAUGCCAUGGAUGUCAGCAGAGCCACUUCUGUUACUGCCUCCAAUAAGUCAUCUUUACAAGAAUCCUGCCAAAUAUCACAAAACCUAGACAUUAUGAAGGAGAAAGACAAUAAAGGUUUUUUCAGCUUUUUUCAACGCAGUAAGAAAAAGCGGGAACAGACUGCAAGUGCUCCUGCAACUCCUCUAGUAAGUAAGCAUCGCCCGGCUUUUACUAGGUCCAAUACCAUUUCCAAACCGUACAUUUCAAACACGCUGCCAUCGGAUGCGCCCAAGAAGAGGCGGGCUCCACUGCCUCCAAUGCCAGGGUCUCAGAGCGCCCCGCAGGACCUUGCUCACAUCCAGGAGAGGCCAGCUUCUUGUGUAGUGAAAUCCUUGAGUGUGGAUGAAACAGAUAAGAAUCCCUGUGGAGCAGGCAUAGUGAGGACCGGCUCGCUGCAGCUCAGUGGUACAUCUGUUGGCAACUCAUCUUUGAAAAGGACAAAGCGAAAAGCACCUUCCCCACCCUCCAAAAUGCCCCUGCCUCUAAGUGAUGAAGAUAAUCAUGUGACUGUCCUGCAGGCGGGACGUGCAGUUCCUACAGACAGUGCUGUGGAAGCCAGCUGUCCCGAGGGGCCGUCCAACCCAGAUUUUACUUCUUUGGCAGAAGCCUCCCUUGGCCCUGGGCUCCCCAGUCACGAACAGUGCACUGUGCCCAGAUCGCCGGAUGAAGCCUCUCUCUCGGAGUGCCCUGGAACACCCGAGGCGGCCGUAGCAUCUCUGACACCUGGAAUAAGCUCUGAUCGUAGCCUUGAAGAGAUAGAUGAAAAGGAAGAACUGAGUGAAGUGCCUAAAGUUGAGGCUGAAAAUGUUUCUGUGAAGUCACAAGAUAUUCCUUUUGGAUCUACUGAUAUAAUAAAUACACUGAAAAACGAUCCUAACUCAGCCGUUGGCAAUGUUACUGGAGAGUCCGCACAAAACUCCAAAGAAGAAAAACAAGAAGCUAGAAACACAGAUGGACAAGGGCCACGCAUUAUGGUAUAUAAUGCAAGCAAUCAAGAGAGAGUAGUGGACAGUGUAAGAAACUUGAGGUCAUUGGGCUCAACCCAGGAAAAUGUAGAUCAAAAUGAAAUAAUUGUCAUUCCAACGGACACAGAAAAGAAUAUGAAAAAUGGAGUGAGAAUAACAGAAAUCAAUGUGGGAGGUGUUGCCAAAGAUAACAGUGUGGACAUGGGAGCUGACAGACUAUCAAACUAUCAGGCACAUAAAACUGAUACUGCUGAAAGUUACAAGGAAAAUCAUCUAGCUCCAUCAUUAGUAGCAGGCCAAAAACUGAAUCAACCUAGCGAGGAAAAGACAAAAAUGCAAGAUGCGGCGAUUCAGACAAACCCUUCCUCUGACAGUUUUGAGGGGAAUCACCAAGGUCAUCAUUUGUCUAAUUUCAAAGUUAAUGAAAGUGUGCAAACUCCAAGUAACGAUAAAUCAACUCAACCCUCAUCUCUAAGUCCCCAAGAUUCUGCUGUAGAUGCCUCAAGGAAAUUCAGGAGUCAGGGCCCCCUAAACGUACAUUCAGAGAAUCAACUCACCAUAAAAGGUCCAGUUUGUGCACGUGGUAAUGAUGGCCUUUUGCCUUCUGUAGAUGGGAUUGAUAAAAACUCAACUAUUUCAAAGAAUUAUCCACUUUAUAGACAAGACUAUGAUCCCAAGCCAAAACCUUCAAAUGAAAUCACAAGAGAGUACAUACCCAAAAUUGGAAUGACUACUUAUAAAAUAGUGCCUCCCAAGACCCUGGAGAUACUGAAAAAUUCGGAAUCAGAAACCACUGGGUAUAAAGAUGAUCACGAGAUCCAUACUUUAGGAAAAAAGCACACUGGUGAAAAUGUGAAAGAAACUGCAAUCCAAACAGAAGAUCUUGUUAUUUCCGACAACCCAAAGGAGCCACAGGCAGACCUUAAACUACAGCCGAGCCCAAGAACAGAGCAUCAGGUCCACGGCGUGGAGAACUCACCCUGCAUUGCCAUGGGGAGUCCUCUGAAACCUACUCCCAGAAUGACAAGGGACACUGGCACAGCUCCUCUCGUGCCAAAUUUGGAAGAUAUAAACAAUAUUUUGGAGUCAAAACUUAAAUCUCGGGUUUCAAAUCCCCAGACCAAACCAAGUUCUUUUUUCCUACAGAUGCAAAAAAGAGUUUCAGGUCACUAUGUGACAUCUGCAGCUGCCAAAGGUGUCCAUGUGGCCCCUAACCCUACUCCGAAAGAACUAAUAAAGAAAGAGGGGGAAAGGGAAGUGAUACCUCCUCCAGAACAAACUCUUUCUCCCUUAAGUAAAACAACUCCGUCUCCUCCACAGCCCCAGAUUAAAAAUGCUGAUGAUAACAUCAGCAACCAGAAGCCUACUGAAACCCCUCCACCUCCCAUAGCCCCGAGACCUGUUCCUCUUCCUGCGAAUCAAUUAGCUGCACUAAAUCUGAAGACUUUGAAAACUUUUGGUGCACCGAGACCUUACUCGAGCUCUGCUCCCUCACCCUUUGCCCUCGCUGUAGUGAAACGGUCACAGUCUCUCAGCAAAGUGCGCACAGUGUCAUGCAGUGAGGGUGCAGCUGCCCGACCUCCACCUGACACAGAAGAAGGGAAGGCUCCUUCUGUAAAUAAAUUUGUGGGCAUCCCACAACUACUUGUGAGUGAUAAGGGAAAUAACUCUGCACAUAAUGAACAGAAUUCCCAAAUACCAUCUCCAACUGACUGCCCAUCAUUCAUUCUUAAGAGACAAAGUUCUUUAACAUUCCAAAGCUCUGACCCAGAACAGAUCCGACAGAGUUUGCUCACUGCAAUCCGUUCUGGAGAGGCUGCUGCCAAAUUGAAAAGGGUUACUGUUCCAUCAAAUACAAUAUCUGUGAAUGGAAGGUCAAGACUCAGCCAUUCCAUGUCCCCUGAUGCCCAGGAUGGCCAUUAAAUGUGCCCUGUCGCAAUGCACUUCACCACCUCUGUUUCACAGAACAAUGUCAUGCUGAUGGAGAAUGUUGGCCAAUGUAUAUCCAGAUGUACACUAAUAUAUUGUCUAUUAAAGUGUAAGAAUUUGUGUUGUGGCUUUUAAUGCCAAAAGAAGAAUUACAGAAUUUAUAAGUUAUAAUAUUUUGGGCCUUUUUUUUUUUUUUUUUUUUUUGCCUUAAAAGCUGACUAUGCUGCUUUAGAACUUUAAGACAAGGUGUUAAUGACUUUCAUUUCUCUCAAAUGAGACUUCAUCACCUUUUGUGGAUUUCACUUACUGACACAUUCUCUACAAUGGUGACUUAGACAAAAGAAUAAAUUAAGAUUCAUAGACUUGUAUUUGUGUGACACAUAAAAAGGUAGGCAAAUGUAGAUCUGACAUUUGCUGCCUCAAUGUUACAGUUUAAUUGGAAUUGUUUAUAAGUUAUAUUAAAGUGUAUUUUGGCUGAAAGUAUGAUCUAGAGAUCUAAGAAUAUCAAAUAAGUAUAUUUGGUUCGACAGUUCAUUUAAACGAUGAAUCACUUAGUGUGCAAGCCUUAUCUUGUGUGUUCUUUAUGUAAUUACAAAAUCAAUGUCAAAUUUAUGGGAAGCUUAUAAUAUUUUAAUAUUUUAUUAACAUGGAACAUUUGUUUUUUUAAUCUUUAGAACUUAAAUUGCACAAGGAACAUUUUAAAUAUUUUUUUUUGUAUAUAAUCAUGACAUUGUUGUCACACAGAUAUUAUAUAUUUUAUGUGCCAGAAGCCUUAGAAAUCUUAUGAAAAUGUUGGUCUAUAUUGACAGUUAUUUCACAUUUGAUAUGUAGUGAGGAAUAGGGGUUAGUAUAUGUCCAUAUUGGAGAACUUCAAAGACUACUUGGAGGUUCCAGAAAUCUUUGUUUUAAUUAAAAUAAAAUGAUAAAGUCAUUAUGUAGUUCAGAUGCUAAUAUUCUAAAUAAUAUAUAUAUAUAUAUAUAUAUAUAUAUAUAUAUAUAUAUAUAUACAUUAAAGCUAAAACUAUUAAGCCAAACAAUGCCUAAUUUGUUGGCUUAUAACUGUAUUGGGGUCUAGAGCUCAUUCAUGUUCUAGUCCUACUUUAAGAAUCGAAUUGCUCAUUUAUUCUCAAAGCUUUGUCAAACAAGUUGAUGUUAAGUUGGUUUUCACUAAAUUAGCUCUUGGGAUGUCUGCCUCUUUGGAUGAUAUGUUGAUUUUUUCAAUGUUUAAUAAAAGCAAGUUAUAUGUUU